UAAUUUGUUAAAACAGCAGGAAAAGGAAUGAAUGUGAUAUUAAUUUCAAAUCUUCAACCGACACUGACUCAUUUAGAAAUUAUAUUGGGUUGGGAGGCGCCGGCAAUUUAAUUCUUUCAUCUGAUUUGGUUGAAACCCACCAAACGCAAGAGGCACAAUUUCCCUUCUACUGAUUACAAGAAAACUUCACCAUUGAUAGACCCAAAACAAUCAGAGAGAAAUGGAAGAAAGCGACCGGAAAGUCCAAAUAUCCAACAGAUGGCUUCAAGCCCUAUCUAAGGGUACUACAGGUCAUCAACUGGAAGCCUUCUCCCUUGAUGGCCUUGAAAUUCUGGAGGCACACGAGGGUUUUAUUCGCUGUAACUUCGUCGUCUCCAAUCGCAUAUCUGACGGAAAUGGAAAUUGGCAUGUAGGAGCCAUGGCCACUCUAAUUGAUGAUGUUGGGGCGGCUGCCAUAUUCUCUUUAUCUGGCCAUGUCAAAGCAUCUCUGGAUUUCAGCAUUUCCUGUUACUCUACCGCUAAGAUUCAAGAAGAAGUUGAGAUAGAGGCAAAGGCUGUAGGAGAGAAAGGAAGGCUUAUGUCAGUAUUGAUAGAGGUAAGAAGAAAGGGUAAUGGAGAAUUAAUUGCUUUGGGUAAGCAAUGGAUGGCCUCUAAUAACAAUGCAAUUAAAGCAAGUAAGCUUUGAGCUUAGACCCUCGUCUAUGGUUCUUAUGUUGUUUCGUAUUAAUUAACAGAAUAUGUCAAAUUAAGACACAGUCAUUUUUGUAAUUGAAAAUGUGGUAAAACUAUUUUUACUGUUAUAUGGAUUGAUGCUGAGUAAUUUUUACA